AAGCGGAAGUUAACCACGCUGCAAAAAGUAAAAGCUAAAAGGCGACAGCUACUUCGUGGAAUCGAGUAAAAAAACAUUCAAAAUGUUGAAAGAAUUGGUGAAAGAGCGACUAAUGGUGGCCGCCGAUGAGAUUUUUGCACUGUUUGAACGAACAAUAGCGUCGUACGAGGAGGAACUUUCUCGAACAAGAGAGGAGGCGAGACAACAACUGGGGGCUGAAAGUGAGUUGAAGAAGCUUCACGUUGAGGAUGUCCAACAAUUGAUUACUUGUCAAGAAGAACAUCCCACUCAGUCACAGGGGAUAAGCUUCACUCGGGAGCAGGAGGAUCUAAGUCCAUCUGACGUUAAAAAGGAAGAGAAGGAAUUCUGGAUCACUCAGGAGGGAAAGUGUCUUCGCGGGCCAGAGGAGGCUGAUCCCACCAAGUUGCAACUGAUUGGUGCCUCUGCGAAGAUCGAAGACCAACCACCAGAGUUCUCAAAGCUUCCAAGCAGCAGCUCUUCACAACACUUGACAACACAACCUGAUGGAGACCACUUUGUAGGAUCACAAGCCGACAAACUCUUAGCUCCACUAUCUGAUAUUGACAACACAAUGUCACACCGUCCUGAGGAUGAAGACUGUGAUGACACCCAAAAACCUUUGAGCAUCGACGUUGUGCGGACUGAGCCUGACAACAAACACUCUCAACUCUCUAAAAAGAAGCUCAGUAAAAAUCCGUUUACCUGCUCAGUUUGUGCUAAAAGUUAUACACAUGAGUGUCAUUUUACACAACACAUGCAGACACACAAUGAGCCCUUUAAAUGCUCAAUUUGUGAUAAAGUAUUCACAAAAAGGAAAACAAUGCUUCAACAUGCGAGAGCGCAUACGGAAGAAAAACCUUUUAGCUGCUCGAUAUGCGGUAAAAGAUUCUCCUGGAAGUCAAGUAUCACAACACACACAAAGUUGCACUUGCCUGAAAAACCUUUUAGAUGUUCAUUUUGUGGAAAACGAUUUUCUCAAAAGGCACACAUGGAGUCACACGGACGGACACACACAGGUGAAAAACCCUUUAAAUGCCAAUUUUGCGAUAAAAGAUUCUCACACCAGUCAUCUAUGGCAUACCAUGUGAGACUGCACACGCGUGAAAAACCUUUCAGUUGCUCAGUUUGCGAUAAAAGAUUUACUCAGGAGUCUCAAAUGGCGUCGCACAUGAAAACGCACACAGGAGAAAAACCCUUUGCAUGCUUGAUAUGUGGUAAAAGUUAUUCUCAAAGGAAAGCUUACAUAGCACACCUGGGGAAACACACUACAGAGUAAUUUGUGUUUAAUCAAAAUUCAAUAUGCAUUUCAAAUCAGGCCUACAAUAAAUACGUAAUGUAUAAAAAUACUUACUAACCUUAACGUAACCACACAACUUUCAUUCCAUACCGUUCUUGAUGAAUGUGAAGGUGAUGUAUAAUGUAAAGCAGGGUCACGAACCUUUUUGAAACCAAGAGCUACUUCUUGGGUACUGAUUAAUGCGAAGGGCUACCAGUUUGAUACACACUUGAAAAAAUUGCCAGAAAUAGCCAAUUUGCUCAAUUUACUUUUAACUCUAUGUUAUUAAUAAUUAAUGAUAUUUAUCUUUGUGGAAACACUGAUUAUCUUAAUGAUUUCUCAAAAUAAAUAUAUAUAGAAACAGAUAAAUUAAAAAAAAAAAAAACGGUAUUUCUGUCUGUCAUUCCGUCGUACAUUUUUAUAUCCUUCUAAGGAAGGUUUUUUUGUAGAGAAUAAAUGAUGGAAAAAACACUUAAUUGAACGGUUUAAAAGAGGAGAAAACACGUAAAAAAUGAAAAUUAAAUUUUAAAACAUAGUUUCUCUUCAAUUUAAAUUUUUUUAAAUUCAAAAUUCAACCGAAAAAAAAGAAGAGAAAAACUAGCUAAUUCCAAUCUUUUUCAAAAAAUUAAAAAAAUGAUUUAUGGAACAUCAUUAGUAAUUUUUCCUGAUUAAGAUUACUUUUGGAAUUUUGAUGACAUGUUUUAAAUGGGUUAAAAUCCAAUCUGCACUUUGCUAGUUUAUAUAAAAAAUUGGACCAAGCUAUAUUUCUAACAAAGACAAAUCAUUAUAUCUUCUAGAUUUUACAAAACAAACAUUUUGAAAGGAAUUCAAAAUACUUUGAAAUAAGAUUUAAAUUUGAUUCUGCAGAUUUUCUAGAUUUGCCAGAAUAUAUAUUUUUUAAUUUUAAUCAUAAUUUUGAAGAAAUAUUUCACAAAUAUUCGUCGUCGAAAAAAAAGAAGCAAAAAUGAAGAAUUCAAUUAAAAUGUAUUUAUUAUUCUUUACAAUAAAAAAAAGGUACUUGAACAUUGAUUUAAAUUGUCAGGAAAGAAGAGGAAGGAAUUUAAAUUUUGAUCUGAAGAUGACGCCAUGCCGUCUUCCCGGAAGCGCCGUUCCAGACGGAGCGCGCCUGGGAAAGCUUCUGCAAACAGGAAGAGUCCGUCCUCAAGCUCCUCCCACUCAGGGCGGAAAUGGACCGUGUGCUGCCCGGACUCCCCAUGAGAACAUCACGCCACCAUCAACAGACUACAUCACAGACCAGGAAGAUUUUUUUUUCAGGACUUUCACAAUUGAUCACCCACCUCCAUCAGAUGACUCAAACCCCAUAACCAUGAUUAAUUACUACGAAAAAAUGAUAUUGCACAAUAGAUCACAUCCGUCACAACCAUCCAAAAUUCAUGCCACGCCCCCCAGGACUCAAGCCCCCCCCCCCCCAAGCCACAAUAAUUUUUUUCAGAUAAUCAAACAAAGACAAUAAAAAAAAGACAAUAUGGACAAUUUAAAGGGGAAGACUCUGCCCUUCUCCUCACCUCCCUCCGCCCACUCCAAAUGACUUUUCCAGGUCAUAGUGAGAGUGUCUGGGAGCCUCCAGCCCGUCCGCCACCUCCAGUUUUUCAGCCUGUCAAGCCACAGCGGCCUACACGACCUCCCCCACCAGCCUUUCGGCCUGCUAAGCUGCAGCUUCAAGCGAGGCCACCUCC